CUUUCUGUUCUCUCCAUUUCAUUUUCAAUUCUCUGAUAAAAUUUUUGAUGGAUUUACCUGUGAAAUUACCAAGCUGUGAAAGAUACAAACUUGAAGCUAAAAACCUCUCCUACAGAUUCCCUCCAGAGCACAAUGAGUUCCCUUGGAUGCUUAAAAGCAGUAAAAGUAUUGGGUAUAUCUUGAGGGGUGUUAACUGUGAGGCCAAAGAUGGGGAGGUGACAGCCAUUGCUGGUCCUAGUGGAGCUGGGAAGACUACCCUGCUUGAUAUUCUUGCUGGGAAUAUGGUGCCCUCCAGGGUUUCUGGGCAUGUUUUGGUUAAUGAUCAGCCCAUGAAGGCUGCACAUUUUAGAAGAGUUUCGGGGUAUGUGACACAAGACGAGGCGCUUUUCCCUCACCUCACGGUCGAGGAAACUCUGGUGUACAGCGCGAGUUUCAGGCUGCGUGGUGGCGAGGCUAAAGACAGGGUUGCGAAGCUGGUGAAGGAGUUGGGAUUGGAGGGUGUUGCUGGGGUGAGGAUAGGGAGUGAAUCGAACAGGAUGAUCUCGGGUGGGGAGAAGCGGAGAGUGUCGAUUGGGGUGGAGUUAGUCCAUAACCCUGCUGUUCUUCUGCUUGAUGAGCCAACUUCUGGGCUUGAUUCUGGUUCAGCUCUCCAUGUGGCUUCCCUGCUAGAAUCCAUGGCUAAGAAACAAGGUAAAACCAUUGUGUUAACUAUCCAUCAACCUGGUUUCAGGAUUCUUGAGUUGUUUGACAAGGUUGUACUGUUGUCCCAUGGUUUUGUCCUCCACAAUGGAUCUUUACACCUUCUUGAGGAGAAGUUAAAGUCCAUGGGGCACUCCAUUCCCCAUCAUGUCAAUGUUCUUGAGUUCGCAAUUGAAGUGACAGACAGCCUUGAAGAAAGCCUGCAAAUGGAAGAAACUGAAGAAAGUGGCACAAUUUCUUCCCCUAAUUCCAAAGAGAAACACACUUUUCUCUCAAAUUCUCCAUUCAAGGAGGUAUUGAUUUUGAGCAGGAGGUUCUGCAGCAACAUAUUCAGAUCCAAAGAGCUUUUCUUGGCUAAGCUAAUGCAAGCCCCACUCGUCGGGUUUCUACUGGGAUCGAUUUUCUUGAAUGCUUUCCAGCACCCAAAGGAAAUGCAGCUGCAAAACCAGCUCGGGUUCUUCGCCUUCAGUCUCACCUUCCUGCUGUCUUCAAAUGUAGAAGCCCUCCCAAUUUUCUUGGAAGAGAGGAGAGUUCUAAUGAGAGAGACCUCCCGGGGAGCCUACCGGAUCUCUACCUACACCAUAGCCAACACACUGGUCUUCCUUCCUUUUCUUCUCCUGGUGGCUCUAAUGUAUGCCAUUCCAAUCUACUGGCUGGUUGGACUUCGCCCCGGUUUCGACGCAUUUCUCUACUACUCUCUAGUGUCAUGGGUGAUUUUCAUGGUGGGGAACUCUUUUGUUGCAGCCUGUUCUGCUCUGGUGCCAAACUUCAUUGUGGGAAUGUCAUUCUUGGGGUGUAUUAUUGGCUCAUUUUUUCUCUUCUCUGGGUACUUCAUUAAGAAGGAAUCCAUUCCCAAGUUCUGGCUUUUUGUGCAUUAUCUCAGCCUUUUCAAGUACCCAUUUGAGUGCUUUCUGGUAAAUGAGUAUGGAGGUGAAUAUGGGAGGUCAAAAUGUGUGCAGAAAGUUGAAGAAGGGUGUUUGAUGUAUGGCAAUCAACUACUGGAACAGGAAGGUCUUGUGGAGUCUCAGAAAUGGACCAACUUAGUUGUGAUGUUGGGUUUCAUUUUUGGGUACAGAUUUCUCUGUUUUCUCAUUCUGUGGUGUAGAUCUUACACAAGAAAACUUUGAAAACAUGUACUAAGUACUAGUAUUUGAAAGAAUAUCAAUUAAUCUUUAUG